AUGAAGAAUAAAGGGAAAAAUAAAUCAGAUGUUCUUUUUUUAGUGAAAUUUACACUUUAUCAAACAAAAACUAAAUUUUUUAUUGUCGGAGAAAAUAAUGAUAGUACAUGUUUUCAGGUUCUUAAAAUUGAUCGAACAGUAGAAGAUGAUUUAGAUUUAAUUGAAGAUGAAACAAUUUAUUCAAAAACGGAAAUUUCAAAAUUACUUGCAGCACUAGGCGAUGGAAACAAGAAUUGUGGUGGUAUAUCAAAAGUAUUAGUUGCAUGGGGAAUAUGUGGGUUUAUUCGAUUCACUUGUGGAUAUUAUAUUUCAUUUAUUACAAAAAGAAGUACAGUUGCUUUACUUGGAGGGCAUUAUAUAUAUCAUAUUAAUGAUACAAAACUGAUUCCAAUAAUUCAUGAGUCGAUUUUAGCUAAAAAAUCGCGUUCUGUUCUAGCUGAAGAGUCAAGACACUUAAAUAUAUUUCAAACACUUGAUUUGAAUAAAACAUUUUACUUCAGCUAUUCGUAUGAUAUUACACAUACACUUCAACAUAAUCUUACUGUUCAUUUAUCUCUAAGAACAAGAACAUUAAAAGAUUAUAAUGAAAUGUUUGUUUGGAAUUAUAAUCUUUUAAAUACUGCGGUAAAAUGCCUUAAAAAUGAAUCUAAAUGGUGUAUUCCAAUUAUGCACGGAUUUAUAGAUCAAGCAAAUAUUUCAGUCUAUGGAAGAUCAAUAUAUAUUACAUUAAUUGCUCGAAGGUCUAGACAUUUUGCAGGAGCGCGUUUUUUUAAGAGAGGCGUGAAUAGUAAAGGUUAUGUUGCAAAUGAUGUUGAAUCUGAACAAAUUGUAAGUGAAAUGCUUACUACUUCAUUUUACACCAAAGAUAUGAAACUUAAUCCAAAAUAUACAUCGUAUGUUCAAAAUCGUGGAAGUAUACCUUUAUUUUGGAGCCAGGAUCCUAAUAAUAUGAGUCCUAAACCACCAAUAAAACUUGAUAUUAUAGAUCCAUUUUUUAGUGCAACUGCCUUACAUUUCGAUAAUAUGUUUGAACGCUAUAGAACACCCUGCAUUGUUGUAAAUCUUAUCAAGUCAAGAGAAAGAGUUAAAAGGGAAUCCAUUUUGCUAGAAGAAUAUACACAAGCUAUUUCUUAUUUAAACCAAUUUCUUCCGGAAGACAAAAAGAUUAAAUACAUCGCUUGGGAUAUGUCUCGAGCUUCUAAGACGAGAGGUCAAGAUGUAAUUUUAACGCUUGAAAAUAUUGCAGAUGAUGUUUUAAAAGCUACUGGAUUUUUUCAUAGUAAAAUUUCAGAUAUUUUAACAAAAAAUGAUACUGAAAAGAAAUUGAAAUUGCAAGAAGGAAUAUGUCGUACUAAUUGUAUUGAUUGUUUAGAUAGAACAAAUGCUGCGCAAUUUGUUAUUGCAAAAAAGGCUUUAGGUUAUCAGCUUUUUGCAUUAGGGGUUAUAAGAGAACCUGUUUUAAAUUAUGAUACUGAUGCAAUUAAUCUUUUAACGGAAAUGUACCAUGAUCACGGAGAUACAAUUGCAUUACAAUACGGAGGAUCUCAUUUAGUAAAUACGAUGUCAACAUACAGAAAAAUCAAUCAUUGGUCAAGUCAUUCGAGAGACAUAAUUGAAAGUAUUCGAAGGUUUUAUACUAACUCGUUCGUUGAUGCUCAACGCCAAAAUGCUAUAAAUUUGUUUUUAGGCAAUUUUAAUAUACCUAAAAAUAAACAUAUAUUAUGGGAUUCUGUAGAUUGUUGUUUACACAAUACUCCUCAAUUAUAUAAUAAAAGAAGAAGUUAUAAAUAUUGGUAUAUACCGUUGAAUAUAAACCAUUCUUUAAUUAAAAACGACCCCUGUGAGAGUAUGAAAUACGAUAAAUCCAUAGAUUUUGAUCAAUAUUGGUCUGAAUAUUAUAAACCACAAUUAUUAUCAACAUUGGACAAGAUUUUUGCCUAUAAAAUCAAUUCUACAUUAAGAUAUAUUUCUGUAAAAUAUACUUCUGAUAAAUAUUUUGAAUUUAGUCCAUUUGUAAUUCGUACAUUACAUGGAGAUAUGUUAGAAGAAAAAAAGAUUACUAGGAAGAAACCUUCAAGUAGAGUUACAUCUUCUUAUAAAAAACACAAACGUCGAUUUACUAUUCAAAAGAUCCUUAAAAAAGAAGGGAGUACAGAUAUAAAUAAAAGCAUCCAUGAACACAAUAAAACUCAAAAAGUAGAACGAUUUCAAGGGUUAAAUACAAAAAAUGGGCCAUUUUUGUUUCCACCUCCUUCAGAGUAUCGAGAAACUAUUGAUUUCUUAACAAGCUCGAUGCUAUAUAAAAAAGAAGAAUAUAAUAAUUAUUUGUUUCGUUCAUAUCAUAUUGAAUCUCUUCAAAUUGAACUUUCCUUAAAGAAAUCAGAAUAUAGUCUCUGGGUUAACCUUGAGAACAUUUCUGACAUGGACAAGAUAAAAACGGCCGAUAAAGAUCUUAAUCUUUAUAUACAGUAUUGCAGUUUUCCUGAAACACUAUAUGAUAUGAAAGGUAUCGACUCAUAA